ACUGAGUUGAUCAGAGAGCUGGUAUUGUGAUAGUGAAUCUUAAUUUACGGAGACGGCUAGGCAUUGACUAAGAAACAAACGAAAAGAGAAAACAAAUCUGGAGACAUCGCUUUGGAGGGGAAUUGUGAAAUGUUAUAUCUGUAGUAAACAAAGGUUCAAAAUGUUUUUCCUAAAGUGUAAGAUAGGAUUAAACUUUAGUGCGGACGACAGUAUUCAUUUUUUGUUAUUCUUAUUAAUGUUUAAAAUUAGGUUAGUGUAUAGUCAAUGGUCAGUGUUUUCAAAAAAUGGCUCAAAUCCUUCGUGGAACAGGACUCUAAGUGAUAUGCUCGAGAGAUUGAACAAAGAUGAUGUGGUGCACGAACUUAUGUCGAACCAAACCAUUUUUCCUUUAGAGGUACACUACGUGCACGACAAUAUCAGCUAUACGGUUGACUUCGGAAACGAGAUUCCUGAAGCGGCCAUGACUGAAAAACCGUAUGUUGGAUGGCCAAGUCCAAGUCCAUUCGGCAUGUACACUCUCGUGUGCGUAGGUCCUGAUGUGCCAACAUUGCUUAAAGCACCAAAAUAUCGAAGUUUCUUGCAUUGGCACGUAGGAAACAUUCAAAACGAUAAUACGGUUGGGGGCGAAACCAGAGUGGAAUAUGUUGGUAUUGUCAAACCUAAUUAUGGACCUGGAAAACAUCGCAUAGUUUUCAUAUUGUACAGGCAAAAUCAAGAUGCGGAGUUAUAUUACGUAGGGGACGUCAUGACAGAAGAUGGCGACAUGGAUGAACGAGAAUUUUUUGAACCGAGAGUGAUGGCGAAAGAGAAUCAAAUGGGUAAACCGAUUGGAGUCAAUUAUUUCUGGGUCACAACUGCCGACUAAGAAGAUGAUUCAAGCAUGACCGUGAUCUGGAUCAUGAGAGCACACGAAGAGAGGAAGAAUGAGACCGGUAUGGCUCCUCUGAUAUUUGUGAAAAAAAAAAAAAUAAAUUAAAACAGGUUUUACUAUCAAA